CACAUUUUAUCUAGUCACUGAAGAACAUCGCAUUAAAUGAUUUUCAGAACUUGGAUACUCUUCUUCACAUGGCUGGCGUAUUUGGCGAAUAGAACGACUUCAAAUGGAGAUUAUGAAUUAAUUUUAGUACAAAUGCUCUUCCGUCAUGGUGAACGUGCUCCUGUAUUAUUAUACCCAACUGAUCCAAACCCAGAGAGUUUUUGGAAGGAAGGAUUAGGAGAGUUGACUUUACUUGGGGAAAAACAGCACUAUGGACUAGGAAAAUUUCUUCGAUACAUGUAUAGAAACUUCAUGACUGGCAAUUCAAGAGAAGAUUAUUUNGGCUUUUCCGCCCAAAACGGGGGUAUUUUAACACUUACUCGUGCUAUUUCAUCUUUGGUUGCCGAUGGUUCAGAGUCCGUCAUUUUCGUUAAUAAUUCCGGGUCACCAGAAUGUAGCGGCUUACUAUAUUUAAAAACGACUUCAAAUGAAGAUUAUGAAUUAAUUUUAGUACAAAUGCUCUUCCGUCAUGGUGAACGUGCUCCUAUUGCAUUAUACCCAACUGAUCCAAACCCAGAGAGUUUUUGGAAGGAAGGAUUAGGGGAGUUGACUUUACUUGGGGAAAAACAGCACUAUGGACUAGGAAAAUUUCUUCGAUACAUGUAUAGAAACUUCAUGACUGGCAAUUCAAGAGAAAUCAAAGUCAUCAGUUCGAGUUAUAAUCGUUGCAUUUUAAGUGCCAUGUCAAAUCUUGCCGGUUUUUAUCCUCCCGAUGAUGACUCAAAAAUUGAUAAGAAUCUCAACUGGCAACCCAUACCAGUGCAUUACAUUCCAGAUCUGAUUGAUAAGUAUAUGGAUACUGACAGCUUUUGUCCAAGAGCCACAGUAGAAUUGAAACGCAUUGAAAACUCUCCCGCUGCAAAGAAGUUCUUGGCUGAUCAUAAGGAAAUGUUUCAAAAUCUGACGUACUACAGUGGGAUGCCCAUCACUGACUGCCUUUCAUCACUUCUUUUCCAUGACUGCAUUUUGCAGGAAAAACGAUAUAACCUUACAAUACCGGAUUGGGUAGAGCCAUAUUGGGAUGAAUUGACAAGAAUCUCAAAUGCGGCAUUUUACUGGGCUUUUAACUCUCCUCUUAUGCAACGGCUCCGAGCUGGACCUUUGUUAAAGAAAAUAAGAGAUUUGGUACUGAAAAAAAUAAGUGGGGAUCUGCCCGGACAGAAAUUUCAGAUGUAUUCAUCACAUGAUGCAAAUAUAGCUGUGAUUUUAGAAGCUUACGAUCUCUAUCCGAAGUCUGUACCGUUUGCUGCUACUCUUAUAUUCGAACUUUACAGCAGUCCAGAUUCUUCUCACUUUGUGAGACUCGUGUACUUGAAUUCAACAGAACCGGAAAACAUUUUUCAAACUCCACACGUUUUGAAGUUUCCUGGUUGUGAAGAAUACUGUCCUUUACAUUACUUCAUCAAUAUUACGGAACCUUUUAUUCCACUAUUUUGGGAGACAGAAUGUUUGUCUCCAAUUUACUAAUUGUGUAAUUGUAGAAAAUAAAACUUUUAAUUUAAAUGAGA